CGAGUUCCCUCCAGCACUUCCCUUCGUGUCCCUCAUCUGUCCUCUCUUCCUCCUCGUCGAGGUAUUGCCAGCCUGUGUAGUGUUGCCUGUUGCCUGCAGAUAGACGCUACUGUGACGGUGACGGCUACCCCCCGACGGCUACCAGCGACGGCUAUCGCUACUCAUAGUGAAGCACGAAAGGCGCUGAAGUGCUGCUAGCUAGCCUGCCCGCAUUUCGCCACGUGCAUCAAGCAGAGUGACUGUUCUGCAGAUUCACCUGACUGGGGCUUAUAAGUCAGCACAAGGGUUGCAUGAUGUCAAAGAUCGUGAGGCCGAAGACUAAGCGAGGCCAGAGACUGUUGCUAAAAAAGGCCCCUAAACUGCGGAUCAAACCAUCCAGACAAAAGCCCAUGGGGCUACUUACACCUCUUCCCAUUCCCGAUGGUCCCGGGGAGUCGGUCUCUAUUGACUUCAGCGACAUGGGAAUUCCCGAUGGUCUCGGUGAGUCAGUCUCUAUUGACUUCAACGACAUGGGAAAGGUAAGUAAGAAUGGCUAUUCGCAAGUGAUGGUUGAUCUGAUUCCCUUGCUAUCUCAUGCCCCAACUGAACUUGUGUUCCGUGAGUUCGAACACAAGUACAUUCUGCAGUUGGGAUCCCCGAAAACUCUUGUGAGUGAUCGGGACCCGCGCUUCAUAAGUACUGAAUGGGACUUCACAGAUGAGCUGCAGAAAGAGUUUGACCAGGCAGUUGCCUCUUUCUUCUUUGAGAAUGCCAUUGCCUUCAAUGCUGCGAGAUCUAACUCGUAUAAGAACAUGGAAAGGAUCAUGAACCUGACGGCUAGAUCGAGGAAGAUGUUGCGAUUGCCAGGAUACAAGCACUUGAGGACGAAGGCCCUGCCCACGGAGUACAAAGCUGUGGAUCAAGAUUUGGACAAGAUCCGUGAACCGUGGGAUGUUACAGGCUUGACCUUGAUGACAAAUGGUGCAAUGACGACCAGCAAUAGGCCGGUCAUCAACUUCCUUGCAGCUGGUGAUUUCGGGGCUGUCAUGGUGAGGAGCGUGGACAUGGAGAGGAAGGAUAAGUCGGCCCCAAUUUUGGCAAGGAUGUGGGAAGAGGUCAUAAGGGAGUUGGGGGUGCAUAGGGUCAACGCCAUUUGCACCGACUCAGCACCGGUCGACGUUGCUGCCAGGAAGAUAUUGGCUGAGCACGAGGACCCUGUGAUCCGUAGCAUUCCAUGGGUGCUGUGCGCAUGCCAUGUUUGCAACUUGCUCAUGUGUGACAUUGCUUUGGUGCCAUGGAUUGGGGAGGAAUACAAAGAAUGUUGGAACUCCCUUGAGAGUUUCCAUCACAUGGAUCCGGAGUGGCAUGGCAAGAACUCUGAGGAGGCUUUGACAGGCGAGCACGUGUCUAUGGCGCAGUGGUGGUUGACGUAUGGGAAGAAGCACCCAACCCUGACAAAGAUCGCAGUCAAAGUGCUCAGCAUGUCGACCACAGCCUCUCCAUGCGAGAGGAACUGGUCCACGUUCGACCUCAUUCACACGAAGAGGAGAAAUUUGUUGAGCCCGGAGAAUUUGCAGAUGCUAGUCUUCAUCCAUUGGAACAAGAAGCUGCUGCUCAUGUCAAGGGCGAAGAUGGGAUUCAUCAACACUGAGCAGCUCGAGUGGGAGACACCAGAGGACGAGGCGCCUUUCGAUGGUUUCAUGCGAGCCGGGGAGUACUACCCCGCAGAGACACCCACGGGCCGCGAGCCGACAGACGGGGGUUCGGCGAACGUUCACGAGGACAAUGUUGCGGUGGAGGUUGAUAUGGAUUUUGGUGGCACUGCGGAGCAUGCGGACGGAGACAUCGGUGCGAACAUGGACGACCCGCCUCCUGAAACGGCAAAGGUCACUGAGGCUGCGGGUGGCGAUGUGCUCUCCACUCCUUACCCGGGGUUGGGGAUGGGGGAGGGGUUCGCCUCCUUCUUGCACCACGUGAACCCCAUUGUGCGGAGCGGCUCCGACAAGGACUUCCGUGAACACCUGUCUGCGAUGUCCCCAAUGCGGAUUGAUUUUGAGGAGCAGACUCCUGAUUGGGCCACAUUCACUGGACCAACCCCACCCGGUCUACAGUAUGGUGUUGAUGAGACCACCCUACGACAAUGGGUCCAUCAGAGAGAGAAACUGGAGGCGGCUUUGAAUGACCCACGGAAGCUGAGUCGGAACCAGUGGCGCCUUUGCGGCGGUGGUAGAAAACCAUUGCAUGAAGACUUAGAGAAAGAGUUGGCUGAAUGGAUUGUUGAGAAAAACAAGAAGGGACUCAGUGUUCACGACCGGUACAUUCAAGCAAAGGCAAGGCUACUGUAUAAGCAACGAGAGUCUCAAGGGGAGGUGGUGGCAGGAGCAAGCAACAAGGAAGAGGGGGACAGCAAGUUCUCUGCAUCGACAGGUUGGCUGACACGAUUCAAGAGGAGGAAUGAUUACGUCUCCAGGUGUGAAUUGACAACUCAAUCUGUACCUGAGGGUGCAAGUGAAACAUCCAGAUCAUUCAUUCAGAAGUUUCAUUCGAUGGUCGAGACUCUGAAGAUCGAGGCGAAUAACAUCUUUAAUAUGGGUCAAGUGCCUCGGCACUUUGAGCUGGAGCCGGCUUCCAUGCGAACCAAGCGUGGCAGCCGGCAUCCGCUUCUUCGCAAAUCGGGUGCGUGCCAUAAACGAUUCACGAUAACCUUCACUAUCUCCCUGAGUGGGAAGAUGCUGAGACCUCACAUGCUGUUCUCCCAUCUCAAGACCAAGCCGGGGGUGGACGGAGGGGUUUUGGUGGACAUCAAUGAAUCAGGGAUGUGUAGCGAGGACAUUAUGCUGAGGUACAUCAGCGACACGAUCGGUUGGCGCCCGGAAACUGCGUUGGAACGUCAACCUGUUCUUUUGAUUAUUGACAGUAACGGGCCGCACAGCAAGCUCACAGAGAAUGACUGCCUGAAGGGCAUGAAUAUUCAUGUCUUGGUUGUGCCACCAAACAUGAAGCGCAUCCUGCAACCACUUGAUGUUGCUAUCAACAGUGGUUUUCUACAAUACUACACCAAGAUGCACGAUGCUUACGUAUCGCCGCAGACAAUGGCAGGGAGCCCCAAGUUUCCAUCCUACGAGAUGAUAACAGCUUGGGUUGCUGAGUGGGUGAAGUUGAGGAAAGCUGAUGAAGUAGUGAACAGCUUCCGCGUAUGCGGACUCGUGCCUAAACAGGACUUCGAUUUGGACGCACUCCAUCCACCCCUGAAAGCACUCUUCGACCCCUUGUUCAACGCUGUUGAAUGGAAUAAGUUGUAUGCUGCAGAAUUCACUGAAGAACUGCAGCCGGUGAAUCUUGAACUGCUUGUAGCCCCUGCAUACUUCAUUCCAGAUGAGUUUGCCAUUGCAAAGCCGAGCAGCCUAUGGCAAUGUCUGCACCGUGCAAAGUAUGGUUGUGAUCCAAACCCGGACGUCCAGUGCAAGGACUAUCGGAGUUCUGUGAUCACAAGCAUGAAGACGAUUGCAGAUUUGAAAGACGUAACCGAUGACGAGAUGUAUACCAGCAUGGAGAAUGGCAACCCGCCUGAUUACAGGCUUGUUUGUUUUGCUGUUAUGACUGUCGAGCGGUGGACAAUACGUAUUCAGCACAGCACUGAUUCGUCGUUCACAGUGUAUGAGCACCCAGAUCCAGUGAAGAUGGUCAAUCUUGUCCGCGUUGAGAAUGAAAAGAAGGUAUUCUGUCUCCAUGGAACACAAACAAGUGCCGUUGUGAAGGGUGUUCUUUCUGAGAUUCACCACCUGAAGAAGGCAACUGGUGCAGCUGUCAAGCUAACCAAGAAAAAUGAAAACAUUCUGCCAUUCGAAGGUGGUGGCGAGGCACCCCUUGAGCGCAUGUCGCAGAAGCUGGAUUGCAGCAUCUUCGCUUUCGGAAUGCAUACGAAGAAGCGGCCUCACAACCUGGUGAUUGGGCGGAUGUUUGACUAUCAUGUAUAUGAUCUGCUGGAGCUUGGCAUUGAGAGAUUCAAGUCGACGACAGAAUUCAGGGCUGGAAAGAAUGCUUCACAACCAGGAUCGAAACCAUGCUUUGCGUUUAUCGGAGAGGAGUUCGAGACCAAGGAAGAGUACAAGCUGUUCAAGAGUAUGAUUCUUGACCUAUUUCGAGGAGCGGCUGUGGACACGGUUAAUCUGGCAGGGAUUGACCGAGUGUUUGUUGUCGUCGCCGCAGAAGGAAAGGUGCGGUUUCGGCAUUGCUUCGUUAAGCUAAAGAAAUCAGGGUCGAAGGUGCCCCGGAUCGAGCUUUCUGAAAUGGGGCCAUCAAUCGACUUCACCAUCCGGCGACACAGGUUACCAUCAGAAGAGUUGGAGAAGGCUGCUAUGAAGACUGCUCUGCGAUCGACAAAGAAAAAGGUGAAGAAUGUGGGUGACGACUUCCUGGAUGGUAAAGUGGGACGCGUGUACAUGCCCAAGCAGGAGCUGGAUACAAUGGCCUUGUCGAAGAUGAAGGGGUUGAGGAGAGAGAGGAGGCAGGCUGCGGAGGCAAGAGAUGUGGCCCUCCAAGGAGGGUCAAAACCGGAGCUGAAGAAGAAGAAGAAGAAGAGAGUAACUUCGGAAAGCGGAGAUGGAGAGGGUGGUGCAAGUGGAGAUGGAGAUGGGGGUGCUACGAAAGCACUUUCAAAAAAGCAGAGGAAGAGUGUCGAGUUUGCUGAUCUGUGAUAGUCCGUCCGCCCCUUCUUUUUUGUUGUUGUAUUUCUUGGCCUGGAAAGUCUCUGUUAGACUUUGUCUGCUUUGUUUUCGGGGCACGCAUCUCUGUUUACUUGGAGUGCAGCGUCGCAGCAUUUUUCUUCAGGAAGCUCUCGUUCUGUUGCAGCUUUUUUGCCUUUUGUCUUCAUGCUUUUUCAUUUGCUGCAUCGGAAUCUGUUCCCCUUUCGUUCGUUUUUCGAUUCCAACACUUGAAUGAGGUGCCUUUUGCCAUAGGGGGGUUGAGGGGGCAACGUGAGGGGCAAGUAAGUUUGCAAACAUUGGUCCUUAUUGUUGGUUGGGGCGAGUUUGCAAACAUUGGUAAUUGUUGUUGGAAGAAAUAGAAAUACCCCACUGGUCCUGUUUACCCCGAGUUUAGGGGGAACCUGAUCAGUUUCACAUCCAGGUUGAUUGAUGUUCAGGUAGGAUGAAUCUAACAUACCACCAGGGCCAGGUGCUUAGUGAUGUGUACGGUGUUGCCAAGUGCUCUGCACGUUUAUAGCUCAUUACCAU